AAAGUUUUAUCACAGGAAUUUAAUCAGUCAUGGAGCAGUCUGUGUCCACCGACCGGUCUUUGCCAGUCCACAGGCGGUUAUGUUACGCAGUAGGACAUUUCCUAAACGACAUCUGCGCAUCUUUGUGGCUUACCUAUUUUUUGGUCUACUACCACUCCGUGCUGAGCUUUGACAGCACCUACGCAGGGGUGUUGUUGCUUAUUGGUCAAGUGGCAGAUGGAGUGUCUACACCUCUGAUUGGAUAUGAAUCCGACAAAACAUCGGGCUUCUUGGGAUAUGGCAAGAGAAAAACCUGGCAUUUAUUGGGGACUGUUUGUGUGCUAGUGUCUUUCCCCUUCAUCUUCAACCCGUGCCUGGCCUGUAAUGCCAGUCCGCCCCAGUGGGCCCAGUUCAUUUAUUCCUGCCCCUUCAUCAUCAUCUUCCAGUUUGGCUGGGCCGCCACCCAGAUCUCUCACCUAUCCCUCAUCCCAGAGCUGGUGUCCAGUGAGAGUGCCAAGGUGGAGCUCACGGCCUACAGGUACGCAUGCACUGUAGCGGCCAACAUCACCGUGUACGCCGUGGCAUGGCUGCUCUUUCACCUUCAAGCUCAGGACAGCCUCGACCCCUCCAUCACAGAUGAUUUGGGCCAGGUGGACAUCCCUCUGUUUCGGACCCUGGUUCUGAUUGUGCUGGGUAUUGGGGCGUUAUUCUCCCUGAUAUUUCAUGUGGGCACAAAAGAGAAGGCUCCUCGUAGGCAGGAGGAGAUGUCGGACUCAGACAGUGAGGUGCAGCCCCUGGUCUUUUGUGAAUCGCAGUCUGUCCUCCAGUGGAAACACUGGCUGAAGGAGCCCUCCUUCUAUCAGGUGGCUUUUCUGUAUAUGUGCACCAGACUGAUAGUCAACAUGUCUCAAACCUACAUCUCUCUGUACCUCACCAACUCCCUAUUGUUACCAAAAAACUACAUUGCCGUCAUACCGCUGGUGAUGUAUGUCAGUGGCUUUGUGUGUUCGCUGGCUAUGAAACCAAUCAGCAAACUCAUAGGCAUCAGUAUGACCUAUUUGGUGGGCCUGCUCUUGGUGGUCGCUUUCGCCUCCUGGGUGGGUUUGGAUGUGAACAUGGGUGCUGAGCGCAUCUAUGGAGCCACGGUGCUGCUGGGAGCAGGUUCUGCAACCAUCCUGGUCAUGUCUCUGUCCAUGACGGCCCAGGUGAUCGGGGAGCAGACGCAAAGUGGAGCCUUUGUCUAUGGAUCAAUGAGCCUCACAGACAAAGUGGCUAAUGGUUUGGCAGUCAUGCUGAUCCAGAGCCUCCGACCGUGCAGCACUGAGGCAUGCUGUCCAUCCUGUGUUUGGUUCUACCGUGACGUCAUGGUGACGGUAACCGGGGGUGUGGCUGCAGCAGCAGCUGUCUCCCUCGUCACAAUCCUCAUCUGGCCAAUCAGGAUUCGUCAAAAUCGAGCUCUACGUCCCGUUUCUGCUCUGAAUGGACCCAGAUGAGUGAGAAGUAAAACACCCCUGACUUCACUGACCAAGUUUUCAUCUGUGGGACAAUAAAAGAAAAAAAAUUAAAAAACCAAACAUUGUACCAGUAGAUGGAAAACUACAUGAAAAUGAAACACCACUAUCUAUUCUGAAGGGAAUAUUGAAUUGGAUUUGCACAGUAACGAGAGAGAUUUUUAGUUUAUUCAUUUCUGACCUCUUUCAUUUUUGUCUUAAUAUUAUCUACCAUCGUCUGAUAAAUUGUACUCACUGUGUGUAUUAGUAUGUAUUUUUGUUUUUUGUCCUGGGAGUGUAGAUCUAGUUUGUCUAUGCGAGGGCAGUUGGAAUGAUUUUUUUUUUUUUUUUUUUAAUGCAUCACUGCAGUCAUUUCAGAGUCACCUGAAUUUGAUUUUUAGUUUUCUGGAGUUUGAAUUUGAAUCAAUCACAAUCAGUUAUUAGGGACAUGGGACAUUUGUUUUUGCAGUCUGACUUUUGGCCCAUUUACUACAAUUAUCCCACAUUUUAGAUCAUUCUGCAAAUCAUGAGAUUUGAGGUCUGCACACUGUUAAGCUCCCUAUAAAUCAUUUUACUCUAUUCCUAUUUUUUUAAACUGUUUCAAUGUGUGAGAUCUUCCUCAGGCCCUUCUUACAGAUUGAAACAUUGCUUCAAAAAAAGAGAAUAAAAUUAUUUAUUGGGAGCUUAACAAAAGUACACCAUAUGAUCUCAGAUUGUUUUUUCUUGUUUUUUUUUUUUUUUUUUAAUAUCAGUGGUCCUUAAAUAUGUACAAACUGGACCACAAAACCCCAUUUAAUAAAAUUUAGACCCUGGGAAUGUCCCUGAGAGCAUUUUAAUUUUUAGAUAUGACUUUAUGCUGCACGUCAGGAAGUUAUACGGACAGUUAAACUUACCCAACUUUACAUUUGCUCUCACUGCACUAAUUUCUAGGAAGUUAAAUCAAACAGUUCCUCAUGAAGCUGGGCUGAAGCCUCUCCAGGACCUCCGGUUGCGGGAACCCUUAGGAAAGAAAUGACCUGAAUGCUUUCUGCAGCCUCUUUAAAGAGCAGUUUUUAGUUAUUUAAGUUAUUUAAGGAUCAUAGGCUCUGAAGAGAAUAUUUCUGCUUUAUGGUGUGUGUAUUUCCAGGUGUUUGGUGUGAGUGGACUGACACACACCAGUUGAGGGCACUCUAUGUCAAAACAUUGUCAAAUAAACCCAACAUGUGCAUGUA